GGUUGCGGGUAGGCGGCGGAUGAGAGAGCUGGCGCAGCUGCUGUGGUGGCAGCGGCUGAAGUGGCGGCGGCGGCGGCUGCAAACAACUCCGGGCUCGGGGCUUUGGCGGCGGCGGCGGCGCCAGCAGGCUGGGCUGCACGGUGCCGAGCCCGGCGCGCGGUCCGGGCUGCUGGGCGGCGCGUAUGAUGCCUCAAAUGGAGGAGUCUCUGAGAAGCAUCUCUGGGCCAGUGGCUUUGAAAGGGAGCGCAGAGCAGAGACUAUUUCCAGCCCUGGACAUCACAUCCUGAGGCCUACGGAGACAAGAGCAUGGCCAUGAACUUGGAUGACGAUGUUCCCCUCAUCCUGACCUUGGAGGAGGGGGGCAGUGCCCCGCUGGCUCCUUCCAAUGGCUUGGGCCAAGAGGAGCUGCCUAACAGAAAUGGAGGCAGCUAUGCCGUCCCCGGCUCCCAGGCCUCCAGCCUGAGCUCAGAGGGCGAGAGUUUCCCCUCGAGCCCCACUGGACACAACUGGGAGAUGAAUUACCAAGAGGCGGCCAUCUACCUCCAGGAAGGCGAGAAUAACGAUAAGUUCUUCACCCACCCCAAGAAUGCCAAAGCGCUGGCGGCCUACCUCUUCGCACACAACCACCUCUUCUACCUGAUGGAGCUGUCCACGGCCCUGCUGCUGCUGCUGCUGUCGCUGUGCGAGGCCCCUGCCGUCCCCGCGCUCCGCCUGGGCAUCUACGUCCACGCGACCCUGGAGCUGUUCGCCCUGAUGGUGGUCGUCUUUGAACUCUGCAUGAAGUUGCGGUGGCUGGGCCUCCACACCUUCAUCCGGCAUAAGCGGACCAUGGUCAAGACCUCCGUGCUGGUGGUGCAGUUCAUCGAGGCCAUCGUGGUGCUGGUGCGGCAGACGUCCCACAUGCGGGUGACCCGGGCGCUGCGCUGCAUUUUCCUGGUGGACUGUCGGUACUGCGGUGGCGUCCGGCGCAACCUGCGGCAGAUCUUCCAGUCACUGCCACCCUUCAUGGACAUCCUUCUGCUGCUGCUCUUCUUCAUGGUCAUUUUCGCCAUCCUCGGUUUCUACUUGUUCUCCCCUAAUCCUUCAGACCCCUACUUCAGCACCCUGGAGAGCAGCAUCGUCAGCCUGUUCGUCCUCCUGACCACAGCCAAUUUCCCAGACGUGAUGAUGCCUUCCUACUCCCGGAACCCCUGGUCCUGCGUCUUCUUCAUCGUGUACCUCUCCAUUGAGCUGUACUUCAUCAUGAACCUGCUUCUGGCCGUGGUGUUCGACACCUUCAACGACAUCGAAAAACGCAAGUUCAAGUCUUUGCUGUUGCAUAAGCGAACCGCCAUCCAGCACGCGUACCGCCUGCUCAUCAGCCAGCGGAGCCCCGCCGGCAUCUCCUACAGGCAGUUUGAAGGCCUGAUGCGCUUCUACAAGCCCCGGAUGAAUGCCUGGGAGCGUUACCUGACUUUCAAGGCCCUGAAUCAGAGCAACACCCCUCUGCUCAGCCUGAAGGACUUUUAUGAUAUCUAUGAAGUCACUGCCUUGAAGUGGAAGGCGAAGAAGAAUCGAGAACACUGGUUCGAUGAGCUUCCCCGGACAGCCUUCCUCAUCUUCAAAGGAGUUAACAUCCUGGUGAAGUCCAAAGCCUUUCAGUAUUUAAUGUACUUGGUGGUGGCAGUCAAUGGGGUCUGGGUCCUCGCCGAGACCUUCAUGCUGAGAGGGGGGAACUUCUUCUCCAAGCACGUGCCCUGGAGUUCCCUCGUCUUUCUCACUAUCUACGGGGUGGAGCUGUUCCUGAAGGUGGCUGGCCUGGGCCCCGUGGAGUACCUGUCCUCCGGCUGGAACCUGUUCGACUUCUCCGUCACAGCCUUCGCCUUCCUGGGACUGCUGGCGCUGGCCUUCAACAUGGAGCCCUUCUACUUCAUAGUCGUCCUGCGUCCGCUCCAGCUGCUGAGGCUGUUCAAACUGAAAAAGCGCUACCGCAACGUGCUGGACACCAUGUUUGAGCUGCUGCCCCGGAUGGCCAGCCUGGCCCUCACCCUGCUCAUCUUCUACUACUCCUUCGCCAUCGUGGGCAUGGAGUUCUUCUGCGGGAUCCUCUACCCCAACUGCUGCAACACCAGCACCGUGGCGGACGCCUACCGCUGGCGCAACCGCACGGUGGGCAACAGGACGGUCGUGGAGGACGGCUACUACUAUCUCAACAACUUCGACAACAUCCUGAACAGCUUCGUGACCUUGUUCGAGCUCACAGUUGUCAACAACUGGUACAUCAUCAUGGAAGGCGUCACCUCUCAGACCUCCCACUGGAGCCGCCUCUACUUCAUGACCUUCUACAUCGUGACCAUGGUGGUGAUGACCAUCAUCGUGGCCUUCAUCCUCGAGGCCUUUGUCUUCCGAAUGAACUUCAGCCGCAAGAACCAGGACUCGGAAGUUGACGGUGGCAUCACUGUGGAGAAGGAACUGUCCAAGGACGAGCUGCUCGCCGUCCUCAAGCUGUCCCGGGAGGCGCGGGGCGCGGCGGCGGACAUCCCCCGGCUGCUCAAGGUCCUCUCCCAGAUGGAGAGAAACGAGCAAGGCACCGUGGUGUUCCUGGGGCGGAGAUCCAGGACCAAGAGUGACCUGAGCCUGAAGAUGUACCAGGAGGAGAUCCGGGAGUGGUACGAGGAACACACCCGCAAGCAGGAGCAGCAGCAGUCCGACGGCAGCGGUGCCCCCGCCACCCAGCAGCCCCCAGGCGGCCGCCAGCGCUCGCAGACCAUCACCUAAGCCAGCUCACUCCCGAAAGCCAUCUCUUCUAUGCAAUAACACAAUAGCGUUAUUUUAC